AUGCCUCUCCAGUCCACUCUGGUGGCUCUCAUUCUGCUCCCCCUGUGUCUGGCCACACCGCUGCCCAUUCAGUACCCAUUCGCCUACAAUCCCAAGUCGCUUGCGACACCGCGCGAGAUCAAUGACUUGACCGCCGAGACUAUGCAGAAGGCGCAGAAGGAUGUCGUCACGACCAUUUCGGAGGUGCAGAAGCUCUUGGCCGCCGAUCCCACCCUUCCACGGCUCACGAGGGGAGAAAUUGCCGAUCUCUUUGAAACAGUCACGAAGGAGGAGUAUGUGAAGAGCGUCCGGGUGGGAGACAUGAACAGAGCGAAGCACAUGCGAGCUCUGAUGCUGGUGCUGCCGUACAACACGAAGAACGUGCCCUCGGAGAAUCUGGAGGAGCUCUAUACGCGCCCACCAGUCACCAAAGUCAUCCCGUCGGAGGUGAAGCCAAUGGCGGUGUCGAAGAAGCCCACGCGGCGCCCAGACUUCGCGGCCAAGGUCGAUGAUUACAUCGCGACGACAUACCAUCCCAAGACAAAGCAGCGCAAGAAGUCAGACGUGGCCGUGACGACGUUCCACCCAAAGACCGUCCCUGUGAUCACAGCUGAGCCGACGGUGCCCACGAAAUUGCACAUUGCGGAGCAGAAGUCGAAGUACAGCAGUCACUACAGUGCCGAAGUAGCCAAUUUUGAGGAGAAAUCGAAACCACCGAUGAGAGAAAACGUGGUGGGUCUACUCGCGGCCAUUGGACUCACUCCAGAUACCUCGCCAACGACCACAACGACGACAACUCCCACACCAACCACCACAAAACAGCCGGAACUCACGCCCGAGCUGGAGAUGCUGCUCAAGUCUUUCGGCUUCCUGCAAGAUCAGGGCCACUUCGACGUGCAGGAGGAUCAGCCGGUGCACGAGGAGACGCGCGCGGCGGAGUUCGUGUCGCAACCCUUCAAACCACUGCCCGAGUCUUUAGUCAAGGAGGAUUACAGGAAAAUCCUGUCAGCGCCGAUCCAGUCUGAGGAUUACGUGGCAUUCAAGCCGAUCCCCAAAGACACAGCUAAAGCGCUGAACAACGACAACAGGGAAUUCUUCCGAUCGCUCGGUCUGGUUGACGAUCAGGUGGAGGUGUCGACGGACAAGCCUACAAGCAAGGAGCCCAGAAUGAUGAAGAUGCCAGAGUUUGAUGCUGGCAUUUCUUUGCCGAGCGAUAUGCUGCAGGCACUGGAUAAGGUGGGAGUUGUCCGGAAAGUGACCACAGCAAAACCUGAAGACACCACCACCACCAGCAGUCCUGUCUCUUCGUCCACCUCAACUACAGAGUCUUCCACGACCACUUCAACUACCUCAAAGCCAAGUACAACAACUACAGUCCUGCCCAGAAAUCACAGGCCAGUUCGCGUUUCGUCGCGCGCCAGGGUGUUCUCAUUGCCGGAAAAGGAGAUGCAGGUUCCCAAGAAGAUCGCCAUUCCACCGAGAAAUCCCAAGCAAAAGCCCAUUGAGGUGACGCAGGAGGAUCUCGACCACUUGCACUACUUGCUGGACACCAUUCAGAAACUGGACAAGCUCAACGCCUCCCUGUCAGGCAAUAUUUCGUCCUCAACAGCGAAGUACGACGUGAAAACGUUGCUGGGCAUCGGUCCAGAUCCUGUGUCUCACGUCGAGCUCAAUGUGGCGAAGAACGAAGUAAAGCGCCAGGAAGAGAAGAACCAAACGGACGAUGCUGUGUCCUCGAGUCCUGAGCCCGUGAGAUUCUCCCUCAAUCUCACGGACUCCUCAGCGUCUCCUGACGAUUCCAUCGUGGACGCAGCGUCAGAUGCUAAAUCAGAAGUCCCUUCCACGACCUCAACAACAACUGCACCGCCGCUUCUGCUGGCGGAAUCCUUCGCCAGUAUCGAUCCAGUCGCAGAGAAACCUCUGCCGCCACCCAGAAGGACGGGAUUUUACUUCCUGGCCGACUGGAAUUCCUUCCUCGAAGUGGGAGACGACAAUGAGAAGGUGGAAGUGAGAUUCAUGCCUCAAGUUGGGGAUCCCAGUCGCUUUAUUCCAGUCACAGUGCCGUAAAUCUCUUCCUGCUCGAAUUU